UGCAAAAAAACCACAGACGCGCACCAUCGCUGGAUCUGGAUGCGGGCAUCCUUUGGAUUUUGCGCGUAACGACACGGACCUUCAUCGCCUGCCUGACUUAACCGGGAGCGCAAUGGUGGCUGAAUGCGCGGCUGCUGGUGGUUUAGGGGACCGAGGAGCGUGCUCCGUUUGACAUUCACUUACACGCUGGUGUGGAGUUUUUUUAUUUUUAUUGUUCUGGUCCCGUAGACGCAGAAGCGCAGCAGUGAUUCUGUGUUGAAGAUGUUGAGCCGAUUCAUGAGUGGCAGCCUCAGGAAUCUGGAGCGGGAAUACAGCUGCACAGUCAGACUGCUGGACGACACGGAAUAUACGUGCACCAUUCAGCGGGAUGCAAAAGGACAGUAUCUGUUUGACCUUAUAUGCCACCACUUGAAUCUACUGGAGAAAGAUUACUUUGGCAUCAGAUAUGUGGAUCCUGACAAGCAACGGCACUGGUUGGAGUUUACCAAGUCAAUUUCAAAGCAGAUGAAAUCCCAGCCUCCAUUCACCAUGUGUCUGAGAGUCAAGUUCUACCCGCCUGAUCCCGCUGCUCUCAAGGAGGAAAUUACCCGAUAUCUGGUCUUCCUGCAACUGAAGAGAGACCUCUACCACGGCCGUCUUCUGUGCAAAACCUCAGAUGCAGCCAUGCUGGCUGCCUACAUCCUUCAAGCUGAGAUUGGUGAUUACGACCCUGGGAAACAUCCUGAAGGUUACAGCUCCAAAUUCCAGUUCUUUCCCAAGCACUCGGAGAAGCUAGAGCGCAGAAUCGCUGAGAUACACAAAACUGAGCUCAUAGGACAGACUCCUGAAACAUCAGAGAGAAAUUUCCUGCAGAAAGCCCAAAUGCUGGAGACAUAUGGCAUUGAUCCACAUCCGUGUAAGGAUGUGGCGGGGAGCCCUGCUUUUCUCGCUUUCACACCAUUUGGCUUUGUGGUUCUGCAGGGAAACAGGAGAGUUCAUUUUCUUAAAUGGAACGAGGUAACCAAGCUCAAGUUUGAAGCCAAGACUUUCCACAUAUAUGCAAAUCAAAAAGAGGACAGAAAAAUAAUUUUAACAUACUUUGCGCCCACGCCAGAGGCAUGCAAGCACCUUUGGAAGUGUGGUGUGGAGAAUCAAGCAUUUUACAAGCUUGAAAAGUCCAGUCAAGUUCGUACAGUCUCCAGCAGCAACUUGUUCUUCAAGGGCAGCCGGUUCCGCUACAGUGGAAGAGUGGCGAAAGAGGUGAUGGAGCAAAGUGCCAGAAUCAAACGGGAACCUCCUGAAAUACACAGGGCUGGCCUUGUGCCCAGUAGAAGUUGUCCAUCCAUCACCCACGGGCCUCGCCUCAGCAGUGUUCCCCGCACGCGUCGGAGAGCUGUGCACAUAUCAAUCAUGGAGGGUCUGGAGUCUUUGCGUGACAGUGCCCACUCUACACCGGUGCGCUCUGUGUCCCACGGAGAGUCUUUCAUCACCCGGUCCCGCAGCCACGCUGCAGAUUCCAGCGAGGGGAUGGCAGUCAUCUCAGACGAUGCCUACAGUCCCUCUGACAGCGUCCUUCCCACCCCGGUGACUGAACACAGCACAGACACAGCCUCCUCACGCCAAAUCAACGGUGCACCCUGCAGCAUCGAGGAGGAAAAGGAGUCGGAGGCAGGCACCCCGAUGCGUGGGGAAGGGGGGGAUUUUGGUCUGGACAGUAGAGCUGCGAAAGAAGGUGCAGGCGAGGACUCGGCACUGAGCGAGGUCGAACAGGUCAAUAAGUUUGUUCUAAGUGUCCUCCGCUUGCUUCUGGUCACCAUCGGCCUCCUUUUUGUCUUGCUCCUCCUCCUCAUCAUCCUCACCGAGUCUGACCUUGACAUCGCGUUUUUAAGCGACAUCCGUCAGACCCCCGAGUUUGAACAGUUCCAUUACGAGUACUUUUGUCCUCUCAGGCGGUGGUUCGCCUGCAAGCUCCGCUGGGUGGGCGGGUUGCUCAUUAACAACUGAAGAAGUGGUGGUAACUUAAAAAAAAAAACAUUCAGGGGGUGUGAGAAGAUUGUUGGGAGUCUGGAGUGAUGAAGGACAAUCUGA